GAGAAGCAGUGGAUCCCAUGGACGCGAUUAACGCUGCCACCGCUGCUUCCCAGGAGUUCCUCACGAAGCAGUUGGACGUCAAGCUGGCCAUGGUCAAGGCGGAGGUCAUUGCCAACUUCGGCGAGCAGCUCCAGGGCCCGUUGGCGGCGGUGGAGACGGCCCAAAGGAUGGAGGCUGCUAACAAGGAAAUAUGGCAACGGCUCACCGAAUUGCGCAAGCAGCUCCACAUGCAGGAGGCGCAGAUCCCGAUUCGUGACUAUGAGAACCUCCUGGAGUGGGACAGGGAAGUGGACACCAGCAUCAUUGUGGGCACCGCUGCCGAGAACUUCACUGCUGACAAGUUCAAGGAGAGCAUCCAGCCCAUCAUGGCAAAGUGCGAGCUCGAGGACACCCAGUGGUCGAUCCAAGGCAAGACUCCCGGUAGACGCUUCGUGGUCCAGUUUCUGGGGGGCGCCAACGCCGCUGCCAGGAAGGUUCGCACCAUCUACGCCGAGCUCAAGGAAGCCGAUGGCACCUGGAUCAGCACCGAGGUCACCAACGUCCACGGCCACGCCUCGCGGCUCUACCUGGGUCUGGACCGCUCGGCGAAGUCGGCAGGGCGAGAGCUCCAGACCAAGAAGCUGGCUCAGUUCGGUCGCGAGCUCGCUCCUGAGAGGCGCUGGAGGGCUGACCGACAACAGGGCAUCAUCUACUGCAACAACAUGCCAGUCGCAUCGGUGGUGGUGGGUGCCACCCGAGAGACCCCCUCGCGCCUGCUCUUCAACUACGACGGCUGCUGCACGCACAACAUCGAGAGGGAGGCCAUCAAGAAACGGUGCGAGGAGUUCUUCCAGAACACGUUGGAGGAACGGGAGGCGGCGGUCUUCUCGUCGAUCCCUGAGCGCGGCGCUGGUGGAGUUGCAACCAUUGCCCCUGGCCUAUCCCAGUCCACGGUCGGCGACCCCACGCGCUUCGCGCACGCGGAGAUCGUCCCUGGCAGGGCGCAACGAUUACUCAUCAAGAUCAGCUCGGCCCCUGACGACGCCCUUCCGAAUGUGGUCGUCAUCUACAACGCCCACAACUUCAGGCUCACUGAGCAACGGGUCACGAGGGUCACUCGCCCCCUCCGCGCUGAAGUCCUAACGGCUGAAGCGCAGCCCGAGCGGAUCACGGUCAUCGUCAUGGGCGACUUCAAGUUCAUGGACGAGGCGCCGAUGGAGACGCAUACGCCAUUGAUCAACAAGGGGUCCCGCCCACUUCCCGAGCAGUCGCAGCAGCGCACGCGCAUCGACAAGAUCUACAUCAGCACGCCGCCGUGGAUGCCACUGCAGUGGCGCGCUCGAGCUGGCGCCCCGCUCGCGCCUGAGGAGCUCUACGACCGUGGCAUAUCGGAUCAUGCGCCUGUCCACCUCCGCUUAGCUGGGCGCAAUCCUGAGCUCGAUGGCCAGGCCCAGCCGAUUCCGAAGUACAUAUUUGAGAGCCCGCUAUUCGAACACUACCUUGGCAUCCUGACGGAA